AUGUCUUCCAAAUCAUCAUCCAAAAAGAAACUGGCUUCGACACCUGAUCCUGCGCCUCAAGCAACAGCAAAGAAAAUAAAAAUUCCCAAGUCAUUCAUAGUUAGGCCACACUCAUCAUCUGCCAAACCCAAAACCAUCACCAAUGUAUACUUAAGCCCGGAAAUUUUUGAAGCGUUGGAGUUGAAAUUGAAAGAUUUCGUUUAUAUCAGUCAAGUCAAUGGCCAGCCUGGUAUAAUAGCCGUUGCUAUACUGUCUGAUGAUAUACCGAUGAGAAAUAUAAUCACUAUAUCCAAAAGCUUAAGGCACCUUGGUGGGCUACUCUUAGGGGACAGAGUCAACAUAUCUAAGUACAAUGGCCAACCUCCGUAUGCGCUGACUGUGACUGUUCAUGGAGAUAAGGAUCCAAAAUCCGUGUUGGAAGAUAUAGGGCUAAUCUACCCUGGAUUAAAAGUUGAGAAUGGAGACAGUGGAUUUACAAUCGUUGAGAUACACGGUGGUAUAGAUUCAAAAAUGAAGCAAUUGUCACUUUCGGAUGAAGAAAUGUCUUUGCGUACUAUUUCACCCGCUUUCAUCUACACAUCGCAAGCUACGAUAGAGAGUACUGAUGAAACCGAGCCCUCAAUCACGAAAUAUCCCCUUCUACCACGUCCUCCAUCGUUUUCCCAGGUAGGUGGACUUGCAAAACAAACAGGUCUACUCAAGUCAACUAUUCAACUUCCUUUGCAUAAUCCUACCUUGUUUUCUGAUUUUGGAAUAUCACCACCCAGAGGCAUCUUGCUUUAUGGCCCACCAGGAACAGGAAAGACAAUGCUCCUUCGAUGCGCAGCCAAUGAAACCAACGCGCAUAUCUUAACCAUUAAUGGUCCAUCCAUUGUGUCCAAAUAUUUGGGAGAAACUGAAAAUGCAAUUCGAGAAAUAUUCGAAGAGGCAGCACAAUUCCAACCCUCCAUCAUCUUUAUGGAUGAAAUUGACUCACUUGUUCCAUCACGUAAUUCAGAUGAUUCAGGAGAAACAGAGAGCCGUGUAGUUGCGACCUUGUUAACAAUGAUGGAUGGAAUGGAUAAUAGUGGCAGAAUAGUUGUCGUUGGGGCCACUAAUCGGCCAAAUGCGAUAGAUAUUGCGUUACGCAGACCUGGUAGAUUUGAUCAAGAGAUUGAAAUUGGUAUUCCUGAUGUUGAAGCAAGGCAAGAUAUUUUACAAAAGCAAUUUGAUAAAAUGAACAAGAACAAAUACGAAUUGAGCGCGGAGGAUAUAGCUUUGGUGGCGACAAAGACUCAUGGAUACGUUGGUGCUGACUUGACUGCAUUGUGUAGAGAGGCAGUGAUGAAAGCUAUUAAUAGAGGCUUGGCUAGUGGCACACCACAGGAGAAGAUCAAAGUAACUCUAGAUGACUUGCUUGAAGCUUUGGGUGAAAUAAGACCAUCGGCUAUGAGGGAGAUUUUUUUAGAAAUGCCGAAAGUAUAUUGGUCCGAUAUUGGUGGACAGGAGGAGCUAAAGAAGAAACUUGUUGAAGUUGUUCAAUUGCCUUUGGAAGCGUCGGCUUCCUUUGCAAAAUUAGGAGUCAAUGCUCCAAAGGGUGUUCUAUUAUAUGGGCCACCAGGUUGUUCCAAAACACUUACUGCAAAAGCACUUGCAACUGAAUCCGGUCUCAACUUUUUAGCAAUCAAGGGACCAGAGGUUUUCAACAAAUAUGUUGGUGAGAGUGAGCGAACGAUUCGUGAAAUUUUCAGAAAAGCCCGAGCUGCAGCUCCAUCAAUCAUAUUUUUGGAUGAAAUUGAUGCUCUUGCCAGUGAUCGUGAUGGUGAUAGUGGAGGUACAAGUGCUUCAAAAAAUGUCUUGACCUCAUUGUUGAAUGAGAUUGAUGGAGUGGAAGAGUUGAAGGGAGUCGUUAUCAUUGGUGCCACUAAUAAACCAACAGAGAUAGAUUCAGCUUUGCUUAGACCUGGUCGGUUAGAUCGUCAUAUAUAUGUUGCUCCACCUGAUUAUGACGCAAGAUUGCAGAUCUUAACCAAAUGCUGUCGCAAGUUUGAUUUGGUUGAAGUGGAUUUGACAAAAUAUGCAAAACUUACUGACGGUUGUUCGGGUGCUGAAGUCACAUUAUUGUGUCAAGAAGCUGGUUUAAAUGCUAUCAUGGAAGAUCGUGACGCACAGCGUGUUGAAACUAGACAUUUCGAACAUGCUUUACAAGGAAUAUCUCAUGGUAUUACUGAUGACAUGUUACAAUAUUACAAGGAUUUUGCUAAUAGAACGGGACUAAAUAUUGGAAAUUAA